AUGACAGAGAGGUUUUCUGUAGACGUUCCGGUAACAAACCUUGAUGCCCAUUUGGAGGAGGAUGAUGUGAUACUUGAUCCCAUAGUUACGAACCUGCAAGACUAUCAGAAACCAUCAUUCUUGAGCUCCAUCUGGUCCAAACUGUUUAACAAAUCCUCUGACGAUGAAUUUUUUCUGGAGGAUAUUGAACUAGAAGGGGGAGAUUUAGCAGUUUCAUCGUCAUUUAGUUUCAAUCGGGAUAAGAGAGUCAAAAUGAAACGAUCCCAAAUUGCUCUAUUGGUAGGUUUCAUUGGCGUAGUUGCACUCCUUGGUGGCUGGCUUGUCAGGGGAGUCUUCAAUUCUGAUCUUGACAAAUUUCAGGAUGUGAACAUUCCGGUUGAACAAAGUAAGGUUUCCGAUAGAAAAUUACUGCUCAACAACGGUACAACUCCGUAUCACGCCACAACCAUAGUGAUUUCUUUGGAUGGGUUUCAUCCUCAUUAUAUUUCCCCCGACUUGACACCAUUUAUGCAUGAAUUACUUUCAGAAGGUUAUGGAGCCCCUUAUAUGGUUCCAUCGUUUCCUUCUUCUACCUUUCCCAAUCAUUGGACUAUGAUAACUGGCCUUUUUCCAUCGGAGCACGGUAUUGUUGGAAACACUUUUUUCGAUCCAGAUUCAAACCGUCAGUUUGUUAAUACCAAUCCGAGACUGAGUCUUGAUCCAGAGUGGUGGGGAGGAGAGCCUAUUUGGAAAACUUUGGACUCUAACAAUAUCACAACCUCUGUUCAUAUGUGGCCAGGAAGUGAAGUUCCUUUCGAAACAGGCCAACCGUUACAAGUUGACCCGUACAAUGGCUCCGAAAGCUUAGAUUCUAAAAAGUCUACCAUUUUAAACUGGCUAGAUAAAGAUAUCUCUGAAAGACCUGAACUGAUUCUGUCCUAUGUUCCUAUUAUAGACUCGUUAGGUCAUAAAUUUGGCACCCAUGGAGAAAAACUAACAGAAGGAUUGAAGUCAGUCGAUUUUUUCCUUGAUAGCGUGUAUCAGGGUAUAACUGAAAGAAAUCUCACGGAUAUUGUGAAUUACAUUGUCGUUUCGGAUCAUGGGAUGGCACCUACGUCCAACCAAAGACUUAUCUACCUUGAUGAUAUAGUUGAUAUGGAUUCAAUUGACCAUAUCGAUGGAUGGCCAUUAUUUGGGAUUAGGCCAAGAAUCCCUGUAGCUAAAUUUUUCAAAGAGCUAGAAAAAAACUGGGAACAUCAUCUACUUAAAGAACAUUUCAGUGUUUAUCUGAAAGAGAAUCUCCCAGAGGAAUGGCACUUUGGGACCAACACAAAUCAGUACUCUAAUCGAAUUGCUCCCAUUUGGGUUGUUCCCAAGGUUGGCUGGUCCAUCACCACCCAUGAAGACAUGGAAAAUAAAAUGGAGUUCGACUACAAACCUAAGGGGGUUCAUGGUUACAAUAAUACGGAAGUUCUCAUGCGAGCAAUAUUCCUGGGAGUUGGUCCUUACUUCACAGAGACGCUACAAGGCAGUUUGAAAGUCAAUCCAUUCCCCAAUAUUGAACUUUACAACAUUAUAUGUAAUACUUUCAACAUCAAUCCUGCACCCAACAAUGGAUCUUUGGAUAUUAUCAGCCUUAAAAACCUGCUACCUAAUGAUUGGCAUGACAGCCUGAACUAUCCAGGGAUCCAGAUUGAUGAUGAACCAUUUAUGGUGAUAAACUCAUCAUAUGAUCAAAUAUGGCGAGUUUCUUACCCUGAAAAUCCCAAGGUUGAAUUGACGGAAACAAGGACACUAGCAACUAGAACUGCGACUUCAAAUUCUCUAUCUAACCCUUCAACCUCUGCUUCCACUGAAAACAAAAUCAGUGAACUCAUUAUUGAUGUAAUUGAUGAUAUUGAAGAGGCAAUAGAGGAUGCCGUAGAAGAUGCUUCCGAUUUGGUGGAUGAGGUCAGCGAAGAUAUAUCAGAAGCUAUUGGAGACUGGAAAAAAUGA